AUGCUCAGUUCGGUGUGUGUAUCCUCUUUCAAAGGGCGCAAGGGUGGGAACAAGUCGUCCAACAAAGCAUGUUACAGCGCAGACAUGACUUGUCCGUCGGAAAGCGAGAAAAUCGUGAUAAACUGCGGGGGGGUGCGGCAUGAGACCUACCGGAGCACCCUCAAAACGUUGCCCGGUACCCGUUUAUCGUGGCUCACCGAGCCGGACGCGUUCAGCAACUUCGACUACGACCACAAAUUAGAUGAGUUUUUCUUCGACCGCCACCCGUCCGUGUUUUCCUUCAUCCUCAACUAUUACCGCACCGGGAAGUUGCACUGUCCCAACGAUGUGUGCGGUCCCCUGUUCGAAGAGGAGCUGGCUUUCUGGGGUAUCGAUGAGACGGACGUGGAGGCGUGUUGCUGGAUGAAUUACCGGCAGCAUCGGGAUGCGGAGGAGGCACUGGACAGCUUUGAGAAUCCAGAACCGGACGCGCCGGACGACGAACCGGCGCUGGGCGGUGCGGAUGGGGACUUGAAAAGACUGUGCAUGCAAGAGGACGCAAGGAAAGCGGGCUGGUGGAAAACCUGGCAGCCCCGAAUAUGGGCACUGUUUGAGGACCCGUAUUCCUCUAAAUAUGCUCGGUAUGUGGCAUUUGGCUCCCUUUUCUUCAUCCUCAUCUCCAUCUCCACUUUCUGCAUGGAGACACAUGAGGCCUUCAACACCAUCCUCAACAAGACAGAAAACGUCACAGUGGGCAACACAACCCGUGAGGAGAUUGUAUACGAGGUGGUGACUGACAGCUGGUUGACAUACGUGGAGGGCGUGUGCGUCAUUUGGUUCACCAUUGAGGUUCUGCUGCGAGUCACCUUCUGCCCAGACAAGCUGGAAUUCUUCAAAAGCAGCCUCAACAUCAUCGACUUUGUCGCCAUCCUGCCCUUCUAUCUGGAGGUGGGCCUGAGUGGGCUGUCCUCCAAAGCUGCCAAGGAUGUCCUGGGGUUCCUGCGUGUUGUCAGGUUCGUCCGUAUCCUCCGAAUCUUCAAGCUGACCCGCCACUUUGUGGGCCUCCGUGUCCUGGGCCACACCCUGCGUGCCAGCACCAAUGAAUUCCUCCUGCUUAUCAUCUUCUUAGCCCUUGGAGUCCUCAUCUUUGCCACCAUGAUCUACUACGCUGAACGAAUCGGCGCAGACCCAGAUGACCCAACCGCCAGCGCCCACACCAACUUCAAGAACAUUCCCAUUGGAUUUUGGUGGGCCGUUGUGACUAUGACCACACUGGGCUAUGGAGAUAUGUACCCAGAGACGUGGUCAGGGAUGCUGGUGGGUGCUCUGUGUGCCUUGGCUGGUGUGCUGACCAUCGCCAUGCCUGUACCUGUAAUUGUCAACAACUUCGGCAUGUACUACUCUCUGGCCAUGGCCAAACAAAAGCUGCCCAAAAAGAAAAACAAACAUAUUCCCAGAGCACCCCAACCCGGGUCCCCCAACUACUGCAAACCAGAUGCCCUGGCUAUGGCUACUGCAUCACCGCAAAGGCUCUUGGGAAAUGUCCUAGGUGGAGUGAUGGGGCCUAGUGGCAAUGGGGGAGACUGUCCUCUAGCCCAAGAAGAAAUUAUAGAGAUUAACAGAGAUUCCAAGCAGAACGGCGAUGCAGCUUCGGCCGCCCUGGCUAACGAGGACUGUCCCACCAUCGACCAGGUGCUGAGCCCAGACGAGAGGAGCCCUAUUGGGCGAGGGCCUACUCGAGAACGCUACCAGCAGGACCGCGCCUGCUUCCUGCUCAACACCAGGGAAUUCCGUGCCACAGAUGGGAAUGUGCGGAAAGGUUGUGUCAUAUCACGCGUGUCAACAGGCUACGAUAAAUCUUGCAGUCUCAAUAACAUAUCGGGAAUGGCUGGGUCAUCACUGCGGCUUGCUCCUAUCACUAGUCCACCCUUUGAAACCUACGAGGCCCCAGGACCCCUGCACCGCUGUCGCUCCCCCAUCCCCUCCAUUUUGUAG